AUGAACUCAAAAUAGUUAAAAUUCGAGGAGGAAUAAGAAAACCCUAAUAAAGAGAAUGAAGGCCCAUAGGAGAUUAAUCAACAUAACCUAUUACAUUCAAACAGACCUCCUUUAACAGAUAUUACGGAAGUUUUAUAUCCUAAAAAAAAAUCAAAAAAACCAUAAUAGCAAUAACAAUAAUAAAAUGUAUUUAUGUCUACAGUCUCUUUAAGAUGA